AUGGGCAAAUCAGUAGUUUCCAAGAGCGGCCACGCCACGGCCCGCGUCAACGGCACCGUCAUCGCCGAAGCGACUUCCUGGAUGGAGACCGAGGGCAACGUUUACUUCCCGCCGGAGAGCAUCAAGAGCGAGUACUUUACAGGGACGAGCCAGAACAGUUUUUGUCCAUGGAAGGGGGAGGCGAGCUACUAUACCAUUAAUGCUGGUGGACAGCAAUUUGAUAAUGCUGCGUGGUAUUAUCCGCAGCCGUUGGAAGGAGCUGUGGAUUUGAGGGACCAUGUUGCGUUUUACAAGAACAAGGUUGAGAUUACCGCCAACUAA